CAAAAUCCGAUUUACAAAAUCAGAACCUGCAUUUUAACACGAUCCGCAGAUAAUUCAUAUGCACAGUCAAGCUUAAGGAGAAUCUUGCUUGUAAGCCCAAUGUGGACCUCUUCAGCUUCAAUACUGGUUGCCCCUUUCUACUCCGUUGGUCUGAAUUCUAGCCCCUGGGGUAUUGUGUGUGUGUCUAACUAAAAUCCAGCCAUCGUUUUAGACCCAGUUCCUCUGCUCCAGGAAGCCUUCCAAGCCUUCUGCAGCUCUCUGUUACCACUGUUCCUUAAACUCCCACAUCUCUGACUGAAGCUGCUUAGACUUCAUUCUGCAAGCAUGUAUUGGGCUCCUGCUGUGUGCCUGGCUGGAUUCAGUGCCAGGGUGGGGCGAAGGCGCUGAGGUCUCCGAGUGCUCUUUCUGGUCCAACUCCAGAACCGCCCAGCCCCACGCAAUCCGGGGCCAGAGGUUAUGUGCGCAGCACUCGAAUAUAUCCACAGACGGUGCUGCGCGGCUUUUCUGAGUGUUACGGCACCCUCCUCCCGCCCGCGCCCCGCGCGGGCGGGGACCCACCGGUUUUGCUCCGCUUUAGCAGCGGUGAAGGGAGGACCUCCGCGAGCCGGUCCCCGGCGUCCGGUCGCCCAGCCCUUUUCAGGCUUGGGCCCGCAUGGAGGGAACUGUGGAGUCCCAGACGCCUGACCUGCGGGAUGUGGAGGGUAAGGUGGGCAGGAAGACCCCUGAAGGGCUGCUCCGUGGGCUGCGAGGCGAGUGUGAGCUGGGAACCUCUGGCGCCCUGCUGCUCCCAGGGACGCCUAGCACCGGCCACGACUUGGGGGACAAGAUCAUGGCGCUGAAGAUGGAGCUGGCUUACCUGCGAGCCAUCGAUGUGAAGAUCCUGCAGCAGCUGGUGACCUUGAAUGAGGGCAUCGAGGCAGUGCGCUGGCUGUUAGAGGAGCGGGGCACGUUGACCAGUCAUUGCAGCAGCCUCACCAGCAGUCAAUAUAGCCUGACAGGCGGGAGCCCAGGCCGCUCAAGGCGAGGCAGCUGGGACAGCCUGCCAGACACCAGCACCACCGACCGGCUGGACAGUGUCUCUAUUGGCAGCUACCUGGACACAGUGGCCCCCAGCGAGCUGGAUGAACAGGGCCCACCUGGGGUUCCACGUUCCGAGAUGGACUGGGCAAAAGUUAUAGCUGGUGGAGAGAGGGCCAGGACUGAGAUGGAUGCAACAGCCACCAGGCUAGGGAGCUUGAGGGCUGUGUGGAAGCCACCAGGGGAGAGGCUUCAAGGUGGACCACCUGAGUCACCAGAGGAUGAGAGUGCCAAGCUGGGCUUUGAGGCCCACUGGUUCUGGGAGCAGUGCCAGGAUGAUGUGACCUUCUUGUAACAACUUUUCCACCCUUUUGUAAUCUUGUGGCUCUUUUAUCCGUUAGCUGUGGUCUCCCCUAAAAUUGAUUCUCCCUCAGUCUGAGACUAGGAAGAGGCUGCACUGAAAUCA